AUGGAUGUCAAGAUGACAUUUCUGAAUGGAGAUCUCAAGAAGGAGGUCUCUAUGAAACAUUCAGAAAGAUACAUACAGAAAGAGAGACAGAGAAAGAAAGAGAUAAGAGAGUCGGAGAAGAAGAGCAUGGAUAUAGAUCAAACCCCAGAAACAGAAACAUUGGAGAAUUGCCCUAGCAUGAAGUUGGACGAUGAUGGCGGCGUCAAACGAACUGGUACUUUGGUGACUGCAAGUGCACAUAUCAUAACUGCGGUUAUUGGAUCAGGCGUGCUGUCACUGGCUUGGGCCAUAGCACAACUCGGGUGGGUAGCUGGCGUGGCAUUUCUUCUCAUGUUUUCUUUCAUAACCUACACGACGUCCACCCUACUAGCCGACAGUUAUCGCUCUACCUAUCAACCCAUCAAAGGCAACGGAAACUGCACUUACAUGGACGUUGUUAAGUCUCGUUUAGGAGGUAGGAAAGCUCAGCUUUGUGGAUUAGCCCAGUAUGGUAAUCUCAUCGGGAUUACAAUUGGAUACACUAUAACUGCUUCCAUUAGUAUGGUGGCGGUUUUGAGGUCAAAUUGUUUCCACAAACAUGGCCAUCUUGUCAAGUGUUCGAUAUCCUACUAUCCAUGUAUGAUAAUAUUUGCAGUAAUUCAGAUAAUUCUUAGCCAAAUACAAAAUUUCCAUGAGCUGUCAUGGCUAUCUAUUGCAGCAGCAGUCAUGUCUUUCAGUUAUUCUUCUAUUGGCAUCGGCCUCUCCAUGGCUCAGGUUAUAGGUGGUGGGCAUGCUCGGACAAGCCUAACUGGUGUAACAAUUGGGGUGGACGUGUCCAGUUCGGAGAAGAUCUGGAAAUGCUUCCAAGCCAUCGGGGAUAUAGCCUUUGCAUAUGCCUAUUCUACUGACACGGUUAUGUCCCCGCCCCCAGAGAAGAAGGUAAUGAAAAAGACCUUAUUGAUAGGUUUGUCCACCGCAACCACAAUAUACGCCCUUUGUGGUUGCAUAGGCUAUGCUGCAUUUGGGAAUAAAGCUCCCGGAAAUUUCCUCACCGGAUUCGGAUUUUACGAACCCUUCUGGUUGAUUGACUUUGCCUAUGUCUGCAUUACUAUCCACUUAAUUUGUGCUUACCAGCACUUUGCCCAGCCAAUAUUUGGUUACGUUGAGAAACGUUGCAGCCAGAAAUGGCCGGAAAACAAUUUCAUCAAGACCGAACAUGGCAUCAACGUUCCAGUAUGUGGCACUUGGAACAUUAACUUGUUCAGACUGGUAUGGAGAACAGCUUACGUCAUAGUAACAGCAGUGAUAGCGAUGAUAUUUCCAUUCUUCAACGAGUUCUUAGGUCUGAUUGGCGCUAUCUCAUUUUACCCAUUAACGGUGUAUUUUCCCAUAGAGAUGCACAUUAAACAGCCCAAAAUUCCCAAGUAUUCCUUUAAAUGGAUAUGGCUUCAAAUACUGAGCUGGGCUUGUCUGUUUGUAUCACUAGCUGCUGCUGCUGGAUCCAUACAAGGGCUUAUCAAGGAGGUCAAGACGUACAAGCCCUUCAAAAUCAAUAUGUUUACUACUUAA